AUGUCUAUCGACUUCCCGAAGGAGGAGGAGGCUGUGUUACAGCGCUGGAAAGAGAUCCAGGCAUUCGAAAGACAGGUUGAGCUGUCCAAGGGGCGCAAGCCGUACACUUUCUAUGAUGGGCCUCCCUUUGCGACGGGGUUGCCGCAUUAUGGACAUCUAUUGGCCUCAACGAUCAAGGACAUAAUCCCCAGAUAUUGGUCCAUGAAAGGUUACCAUGUAGAGAGACGUUUUGGAUGGGACACUCAUGGCCUGCCAAUUGAGCACGAAAUCGACAAGAAGCUUGGAAUAUCCGGUAGAGAAGCAGUGAUGAAGCUGGGACUGGACAAAUACAAUGCCGAAUGCAGAGCUAUCGUCAUGAGGUAUUCAGCGGAAUGGCGCACAACAAUUGACCGACUGGGGCGAUGGAUCGAUUUUGAUAAUGAUUAUAAGACAAUGGACCCGACUUUCAUGGAAUCUGUCUGGUGGGUUUUCAAGCAAAUAUUUGAUAAAGACGCCGUAUAUCAAGGAUACCGCGUUAUGCCCUAUUCAACUGUCCUCACGACGGCACUCAGCAACUUUGAGGCGAAUCAGAAUUACCAAGACAUUCAGGACCCCGCCGUUGUCGUCUCGUUCCCACUGCUCGACGACCCGGAGACCUCCCUGUUAGCUUGGACCACUACUCCAUGGACUCUUCCAUCACACACUGGACUCUGUGCCCACCCAGAUUUUGAAUAUAUCAAAAUUUGGGACGAACUGUCUGGGAAGAAUUACAUACUACUGGAGAAGCUCCUGAGCACUCUUUACAGAGACCCAAAGAAAGCAAAAUUCAAGAUCAUCGAAAAGGUCAAGGGUAGUGACAUGCUGGGGUGGAAAUACCAACCGCUGUUUGAUUAUUUCUACGAGGAAUUUAAGGACUACGGAUUCCGUGUCUUCAACGCGACAUAUGUUACUGAUGAUAGUGGUGUUGGCAUUGUCCAUCAAGCACCCGCUUUUGGUGAGGAGGAUUACAACCUUGCUCUCGAAUUUGGAGUUAUUGACAAAUUCCGUGGCCCACCAAAUCCCAUUGAUGAAACUGGGCACUUCACAUCAAGAGUUCGAGAUUUUGAAGGGCAGCAUGUAAAAGCUGCUGAUAAAGCUAUCAUAAAGUACCUCAAAGGCACUGGACGCUUGAUUGUCGAGUCUCAGAUCAAGCAUAGCUACCCUAUGUGCCCACGAUCUGAUAGCCCUCUUAUCUACCGCGCCGUGCCAUCUUGGUUUGUCAAAAUUCCCGAGAUUGUGCCCCAGAUGCUCGAAAACAUCCAAGACUCUCACUGGGUGCCAUCCUUCGUGAAAGAGAAGCGCUUUGCAAGUUGGAUCGCAAAUGCUCGAGACUGGAAUGUUUCUAGGAACCGUUACUGGGGAACGCCAAUCCCGCUUUGGGUCAGUGACGAUCUGGAGGAACGAGUUUGUAUUGGAAGCAUUGCAGAGCUCAAAGAGCUUAGCGGAUAUGAAGGCGAGAUAACCGAUUUACACCGAGACAAAAUUGACCACAUUACCAUUCCUAGUAAAAUGGGCAAAGGAACUCUACACCGUAUCGAGGAAGUUUUCGACUGUUGGUUUGAGUCUGGAAGCAUGCCAUAUGCUAGCCAGCAUUACCCCUUUGAAAACCAGGACAAAUUCAAGGCAUCAUUUCCAGGAGAUUUCAUUGCGGAGGGGCUGGAUCAGACCCGUGGAUGGUUCUAUACCCUUCUUGUGAUUGGCACACACCUCUUUGGAAAAUCGCCUUUCCAGAACUGCGUUGUGAAUGGUAUAGUUCUGGCGGAAGAUGGGAAGAAGAUGUCCAAGAGGCUCAAAAACUACCCUGACCCAACCAUUGUUAUGUCCAAAUAUGGUUCAGACGCACUGCGUUUAUAUCUGAUCAACUCUCCAGUUGUACGAGCCGAGCCCCUCCGCUUCAAAGAGGCUGGUGUGAAGGAGGUGGUUGCAAGGGUUUUACUGCCCCUUUGGAAUAGCUACAAGUUUUUUGAAGGGCAAGUUGCUUUGCUAAAGAAGGUAGAGGGCGUUGAUUUCAUCUUCGACCCAGCCUCUGAGUCGACGAACACGAAUGUAAUGGAUCAGUGGAUCUUAGCGAGCUGCCAAAGUUUACUUAAAUUUGUCAACGAAGAAAUGGCUGCUUAUCGCCUGUACACGGUCGUUCCACGCCUUCUUGACCUAAUUGACACCACGACAAAUUGGUACAUUCGAUUCAACAGAAAGCGUCUAAAGGGCGAAUUUGGGCUUGACGACACCAUGCACGCCUUGAACUCGUUAUUCGAAGUCCUCUUCACUCUCACUAAAGGCCUUGCCCCUUUCACACCCUUCAUAACAGAUAACAUAUACGGCCGCCUCCUUCCCCACAUCCCCAAGGAGCUGCGUGGAGAGGACGACCGUAGCGUGCACUUCCUCCCCUUUCCAGACGUUCGAAACGAACUUUUCAAUGAAGAAGUUGAGCGUCGCGUCGGACGCAUGCAGCGAGUGAUCGAACUGGCUCGUGUUUCACGGGAAAGGCGUGGCGUGGGCCUGAAAACGCCGCUAAAAACACUUGUUGUCAUACAUCCGGAUCCAGUGUAUCUGGAAGAUAUCCGCUCACUCGAAGGAUACAUCACUGAAGAACUCAAUAUCAUCAGCCUUGUAUUGUCAUCAGACGAGGAGAAGUAUAAUGUGCAGUACAGUGUCUCGGCAGAUUGGCCUGUUUUGGGCAAGAAGUUGAAAAAGGACGUGCAAAGGGUUAAAAAGGCACUUCCGGGCCUGACGAGUGCUGAGGUCCACCGGUUCGUCCUAACGAAGACGAUUACGGUUGAUGGAAUCGUGCUAGGGGAUGGAGAUUUGCAUGUCAGGCGUAGCCUGAAGGAAGAUGACUCGUCGAAAAAUCUGGAGACAAACACAGACGAGGACGUCCUGGUUAUCCUGGAUGCUGCAUUGUACCCAGAACUUGCAGAAGAAGGAUUAUCACGAGAGAUCAUCAACCGAGUGCAGAGGUUGCGAAAGAAGGCGGGCCUCCAGCCUACAGAUGAUGUCAAAAUGGAGUACAAUGUCAUCGCUGACCCAGAUAAUCUUGGACUCGCCAAAAUAUUCCGAACCCAGGCGAAAUCGAUCGAAAAGUCCCUUCGUAGGCCAGUCGACCAACACGUUGUGACGGAAGUCGACGGUGUGGCCACUUCUAACAUGGAGCAGCUUAUUAUGGAAGAGAAGCAAGAGAUCCAGAAGGCAACUUUCAUGCUUAGGUUGGUAAAACUUUGA